GUCAGACGGUUACUGUUUGGUCAUUCUUUAUAGUUUUGUAAAUGACUAAAAAGCUAAUAAAAAGAGAGGUUCAUCACUCUUUAUGGUAAGAGAGUGAUAUAGAGUCGGAGAGAAACAAUGAGCUCAUCAUCAUUAUCUCCGGUACUUGAACUAGCCCGGCCUUUUCUCCGAGGUGAGCUAGAGAAGAUCAACCCCAAACUCCCCUCGUUGAUCGCCGUCCUCAAAAGCGUCGGAGCAGGCGAGUGUUGGCACAAACACGGCAGCUUCCUACACCACUUGAUCGACGUGUACAAGAUCCUCAAGCUAUGGAAAGCUCCCGAGUCCGUCUGCCUCUGUGGUCUGUUCCACUCUGCAUACUCCAACUCCUACGUCAACUUAGCCAUAUUUGAUCCUUCCACUGGCCGUGACGUCGUCCGUGGCCAUGUUGGUGAAGAAGCUGAGUCUCUAAUCCAUCUCUUCUGCGUUUUACCGAGACAAACUUUGAUCCACGACGAGCUUCUCUUCAAGUACUCUGAUCUCGAACUCGUCGAGCAUCUUGAACUCUCUGAGGUUUCAUUGAGGAACGCCAAGGAGGAAGGUGUUUUCGAUGGAGAGGAAGCGUGGAGGAAGAAGCUGAACGGUUUGGUGCCUGAGAACGGUGUCGUUGUGAAGCAUAUCAAGACAGGUGAAGGGGUUCUUGUUUCGAGGAGAGUGGUUGGUGUUUUCUUGCUGAUGACGAUGGCGGAUUUUAGCGACCAGUUUUUCGGGUUUCAAGACGAGCUGUUCUGUAACAAGGACGGGAGAUUGGAGUUUAGAGGCAACAACGUGACGGCGUUAUGGCCAGGGGAUGGGAAACCUGGGCUGUGGAUGAACUCUAGCUCGAGGAUGGGUGCCAUCUAUAGUUUGAUAGUGAGAGAAGAAGAGAUUUUGAUGGAGCAGAGGAGAAGAGGUUCUGGUGCUGAGUUUGUGGUGAGGAAGGAGAGAGAUGAAGACAUCGAGCUCGUGGUGCCUCCUGUUUUCAGAUUCGGCACCAAGGUAUUGGAAGCAAAAGAGCAAAUAGAAGCAAGAGACAUGUACUGGGAAGCUGUGAGCAGCGACGCGAGUCAAGAAGGGUACUUGGAUAGAGCAGAGGAGAUGUUGUUGGGGUGUAUUGAGAAGAAUCCAUAUGUGGGAGAGCCACAUGUGUUGUUGAGUCAAGUGUAUUUGGGAAAGAAGAGAUUCGUGGAGGCAGAAAGAGAAGCAGAGAGAGGGUUUCUUCUGCUAUUGCAGUGGGGAAGUCCUUGGGACAAGAGGAUGUCAUGGGAAGGUUGGAUAGCUUGGGUUAGAGUUCUUCUCAUGAAGUCACAUGAUCAGUCUUGGCCAGAUGUUUCUUGGGGGAUCUUGAACUUGGGUCUUGUGCGCUAAAUAGUAUCGUUUACCAACGACAACUUGCACGUCCUUGUUUACUCAGGUAAAGUUUAAUAAAAGGAUUUGAUAAUUCGAUGCAUGUACAACAAAUCGUCUUAUAAUUGUCUUUCAUUAGAUAAAACGUUAAUUCUAUAUGGAGAUACUACAUAAAAAUCUAACAAGUAAUAAAAGGAGAAUAUGGAGCCUUGUGAGACUGUCCACGUAGGACAAAAAAAUCGUCCAAUGGAGUGGUUUCUUUUUGACAUGUCAGCUGGGCUUUGCGUUUUUUUUUUAAUUCUGCCGUGAUAUGAGUUUGGGCCAUAAAGCCUAUUAUUUUCGAAAGACGGAGACCCGAUAAUUUGCCGACGCAGCUCCCCCUUAGUCAGAUCUUCAAACCCCUUCGGACCUUUUGAUUUUCCUCUUUUUUUCCGUUUCACGAUCAGAGUUUCAUAACAAUAGAUUUAGAUAAAGACAAAUAAUGUUACUUAAAGAAUCGAUCCUUUUCAUGUCGUUAAUAUCUAUGGCUUCUUCCUGUUCUUCUAAUUCUUUGCUUUCGUUUUUUCAUUUCCUUCUUCUCUGUCAUUUUUUAAAUUAUUUUAUUUAUGGAUCUUUAAAGAUAUAGCAAAAGGAGACUCUGAGGAGAUGUCUUCAACGUACAACAACUCAAUUUCAUCAUCUUCCACUCAGUCUUUUCUCCUGGCCAGCGCCGCCACCGGAGCAAACAACUUUAACCGUGAAGAGACGGCGAUGACGAUGAUUCAACAACCCAACUCCGUUGUUCCACUACCACCACCCAAGAAACAAAGAAACCAACCCGGAAACCCAAGUAUGUGCCUCCGGCAAUGAGUAGGCAAGAUGAGGAGGAUUCUCCUAGGAAGUGGGAAUGAUUACAGAGAAAUGGAUACAGAUUUUGACGGCUUUGGACCUGUGAAUGUGAAACCUACCAGUAGUGGAUUUACAAUAGAGUUCCCCUGAGCCUUAAUGGCCUUUUAAGGUGCGCAGUGAAAAGCUUUGCCUCUUUCUAAUAGGCAUAGCCAAGAUUCAACAACCACUAAGAAAAUUGUUAACUUUUAGUUGGAGUAUCAAUGGUUGCUUGCAGUAUUUUUAAAUUGAUUAACAUUUGGCCGGGGGUCCAUAAUUGAGAAUCUUGAUCAGCCUGCUUCCCUUAAUCCGUCUGCUGUGUCAAGAAGAUUGGUGUUGUGUAUUGUGUCUCUGGAAUAGAAAACAGUUACAUUUUACAAUCCAAGCUAAAAGAGCUUACAAAAGCUUUGUAUUAUCUGUGCUAUCUAUUUUUGUAUUUUGUCAUAUCCAACAUGUUUAAUAACUUC